AUGCUCUCCAAGGCUAAGGAGAACGCGUUCAACGGCAUCAGGCCCUACCUGCCCAAGGGCGCCGAGACCGAGCUUGCUCUCUUCAUGCUGGUCACGCUCCCGGUGCUCACGGUGGCCCUGCGCUCCGCGGACGAGAACAGCCGCCGGCCGAAGCCGGACCCCCUGCCGCCGGUGGCCCGCCCGCCGCGGAUCACGCGGUACCCCAAUUCCCCUGCGAAGGUGGACGCCGAAGCGGUGGCCGAGGCCCGCAAGGAGCGGCAGGCGCAGGCCGACGUCGAGGCCGUGGCGAAGCUGCGCGAGGAGCUGGCGGUACGGGGUCUGGCGGCGGUGACUGUGGCGGACGGAGCCCCGGCGGUGGAAGCGGCGGCGGGGGCGGUGGUGGGGGGUUUGCACGGAGGCGUGGCGGCGGCCGUGGCGGCGAAGCCGGACGCGAUCACGGCGGAGCUCGCGCGGCUGCGGGAGGAGCUGGCCGCGGCGGGGAAGCUUGCGGCCAAGGUGGAGGCGCUGGAGAGGGCCAACGCCAGGCUGAUGGGGCAGGUGGCUGAUCUUAGCAAGACGCCCUCUCUCGAGGAGAUUCGUCUUAGGUCGGAGAAGGAGGCCAUGAGAGCGGCGGCGCAACGGGAACGAGAGGAGGCGCGCGAGGCGGCUUACGCCGGCGUGCAGGAGAAGGCUACCAAGCUCAGCGCCGCCCGCGAGAAGCUGUCGGACGCCUUCCCGGCCCGCGAGUCCUUAGCGGCGGAGGCGGCCUCCUCCGCCAAGAAGAGUCCCGCGGCUUCCGCGAAAAAGCCUGCUGCCGCAAAGAAACCCGCCGCAAAGAAGCCCGCUGCUGCCGCGAAGAAGACGAAGAAGACGCCCGCUGAGACUAAGAAGAAGAAGAAAGCGGAUGCGGCGCCGGCGAAGAAGGCCAAAGCUUCGGGCAGGAAAAAGGCUGCUGCUGCUGCUGACCCGCCUGCCGUCGAGUCGCCGGAGCCUACGAUGUUGCACAACGGGGCCUCCGUAAUGAUGGAGGGGACGGAGACGGCGGUAGGGGCGGCGGCGGCAGCGGCGGCGGCGGCAGUGGCAGCGGCAGCGGAGGAGGAGGCGGCGGUGACUCCGAACGAGUACGAGGACAUGUCGGAGGACCUGUCGAGAGCGGUGCUCGGGGUGCAGGGGUACGACAUGGACGGGCUCGACUUGGAGAUGACGGACCUUCGCCCGGAAGACCUAGAGGAACUCCUUGCUCUGGAGAUGGGAGGUCUCGACAUGGCCGCCCGCGACGAGGAAGACUUCGGCCCGGAGGACGACGAGUCCAUGUCUCAGGGGCUCCGCAUGGCGGCAGAAUCCGCCCUGGCACACACCUCCGGAGGGGGCGCGGGCCGCAGGAUUCGAACCGCGUCCCCUGUCGGCGCGACCUCCUUGCGCUCCGGCGGCUCGGCGGCGGCGGCGGUUGCCGAGAGCCGGGGGGGCGCCCCGCAGGCCACGGCCGUCCGUGAGGGCGAGGGGGUGGGCUUUUCGUCUGUGCCUGGCACGAUCGAGGAGGAGGACGAGCUGGCGGCGUUCAGAAGACUGGAGGCGGAGGCGGUGGCGGACUUCGGUACCGGUGCUGCCGGUUGGGGUGGGCAGCAGUCCGUGGGCGUUGGUCGCCAACCCGCCCCGGCAGCAGCCGGCGGCGGCGGCGGGGGGGGGAGAGGGGGGGCUCCGCAGGAUGAUGGUGACUGGGGGGCGUUGUCGGCGAAGGCCGUCGGGCGGAAGACGGUGGCGGCGCUGAAGGAGUUCCUGGACGAGGAGGGUAUGGACUACCCCAGCAAGAUCAAGAAGGCGGAGCUGGUGGACAUGGUCCUCAACAUGCUCGCCAAGGGGCUCCGUCUCCGAAUGAACUUCAGUUGA